AUGCUAUCCCGGUAUAAGGAGUGGGUAAGGCGCCACCCUAACGUGGUGCAAAAUCUCGACUGGUUACUGCUCCUUACUGUAUGGAACCCCAGUCGCACAAAUGGUGGCUUUGAGUUCACGUAUGAAGCCUAUCAUGCCGCCGUGGGUCUUCUAUCGCUGUGGCAUCAAAACAUUCUUGAAGAAGGAGACCUGCCCACGUCGCGACCAGUACAGUACCUAUGGUUGGACGCUAUUGAAUACCUGGAAACCCUUAUCGAGCUGCGGGCUAUGCACCUGGAGAGCCGUGGCAAGAUGAAUCGCUACGGACCCCUGAUGGUGGUGGAGACCGUCAAGGCGGUGUUGAAGAUGUCCGCCUGGUCGCGCUACUCGGGCCACAUGUUCCUGCGGCGACCCUCCCCGGACGACCUGCACCAGUUCGAAUCCGAGCUGGGACUACAG